AUGACCGCCUUCAACGAUCCGCAGAAACUAGCGGAUGCCAUCGCACUUGCCCAAAGCUUUAAAACAGGGCAGUUCAGCGAGAAGAGACACGCAAAAUCCAAACCACGAGUGGAAGCCAUCGACAUUGCGGGCAGCUCCGAAAUACACCGCGAUCCUACCUCUCACACGCAACGCCAGCGUGUCGCAGAGAGAAAUAGACAAUAUGCUGCUGCCGGAUUUGUUCAGCCUUCUCAAAGGCACUAUAGCAGCGAUGUCCUAGAAAAAGGUUGGCAAACUGGACAAUCAAGGGCUGAAGAUGCAGUAAUCGGGAGAGCCGUGUUCGACUUUCUUAGUCGAAAUGACCUAUCCCCGACGCCAGCUGCGACUCCUAAGCCCACAGUUAAGCAUACACCGACUUCAGAAACGACUGGCAAUUUUACUGGCCCCAGGUCACCAACAUUAGCUAGUGCUAGUACGCCGCUGACACCCGAGAGCCUAAUUCAAGGGCCCGGAGACAAACACACCAGCCCGGCAGACAGUCCUCAGAAACCUGCCGAUGAGCAGGAGGCCGACCAGCUUGCCGAACUACUCAGCUCUUUCUCCUUCGAGGAGAAAAGUCCGACAGGGGAUGGUCCAGGAAACAUCAUGGAUAGAUUUUUGGAGUUACUAGCCAAAAAAGUUGAUAUGUCUGAACACUUGGGCCAAGACAAGCAGUCGUGUGUCAAAAUUAGCCAUAAUACGACUCAUUGCGAUGCUGAAGAAGAAAAAGGUGGUUUCGAAGAAACCACUGCGGCCUCUCAGCAUCAACCAAUGAAGGCGGACCAACCUGUCAUCGUCAAUGCAAAUACCGUGCUACUUGCAACGAAGGGCAAGCAACUCUGCCCCAAGGCACCUUCUUUUACACCGUCUAAGGCAGAGUCUGCUAACGGUGGCAUAGGAAGUCCUUCACCGAAAGAAAUUGAGGCUACAGAUAAUGAUCAGCAUCAGGAAGAAAAAUUGCCCUUUACCGGUCAGUUCAGUCCAUCCUCGGACGGUACGCCAUACGGACACUGGCCAGCUACCGAAAAAGCAACCCCUGCACUUCCUUUGACUUAUACAGUUUGGGUCCCAGUUCACUAUCCCAUGCCUAACGCGUACUCUGAUUCAACAAUGGCAAUGAAUGGAACGCAGCUUGCAGCCCCAAACUUGGGCAGCCGCCAACCACAGCCAAUGCAAGGUCUUUCAGCUUCCAGAUGGGCACACCACCCACGAGAGUGUGGGUGA